AUGGACGGAAAGGGCUCGAUUGGAGCGUCUAUUGCGGGGGAAUUGCCAAUAUCCCUCUGGCGAGACAUACGCAUUAUCCCGACCUAUAUCGCCGCAGCUUCAGCCCUCACCUCUUUACUUCUUGCCCUCGUCGGCUUCCGUCACCUUUCUGGCAACAGUGGCGACCACAAAGCAGCCCAGACUGACAACCCUGUCGAACGCAAACCGUUUGCAUUGCCAUACAGGCUCGUUCGUGCGCUAUGCGUGAUCGUACUUCUCUCGCUUUAUGCAUUUGAUCUCUUGCGUGGACUGCGGAUAUCUCCCAAUACCCCUAUCGCGAACGAGGAUGGCGUACGCCUGGCUUUGUUCCUAACUUAUCUCUACGCCUCUAGCCUGGCCACUAUUGACACCACGCUACAAUCACCGAUCUCUCGCGUAGCAACAUCAUCUCUUGUACUCAUCCUGGCCGCGAGUUUCGCUGUGUACUGUUAUCGCGACCUUUGGCCGCUCAUGACAUACACUCUCAGCCCAGCGGACUCGUAUGAGGGUUUGACGCUCUGGAUCAAGAUUGCGCUGCUCGCAGUCGCAGCCGUCGUCGUCCCGCUUAUCAUGCCUCGCCGGUCGCCUACACUACUUCAUCCCGAGACUCCUUCAAAUUCUCAACGAGAGCUCAACCCGGAACAAACGUGUUCGCUCUUGUCGCUUCUAACAUAUAGCUUUCUGGACAGCGACAUCUACGUCGCGUACACUGCACCGCGCUAUACAUUCGACAUGCUGCCAGAGAUUGCCGACUACGACCGGAUGUCGUACCUCGUUCACCGCGGCUUCAAGCAUCUGGACGUCUUUUCGGGCGCGCCCAAACACCACAUCUUCUUCGCACUGACGAGAGUAUUCGCGUGGGAGUGGGCGCUUCUGGCCGGCACAAUGGUCUUGCACGCGGUUACCGCGAUAUUCGCGCCUAUCGGUAUCAAUCGUCUUCUGAACUAUCUGGAGACAGGUGGGGUGGGCGCCACCGUGCGCCCUUGGGUAUGGUGUCUAUUGAUGCUCGUUGGACCGGGUGUGGGAUCAUUGCUUUCGCAACUGCAUGACUUCAUCGCCAAUGCGACAGUCAUCCGCGUGGAGUGCAUGAUCACCCAGCUUGUUUUCGAGCAUGCGCUACGCAUUCGCUUAACGGCGAACGGCAGACCUUCGGAUGUCCGGGGAGAAGUAUCACCUGCGAUAAUAUCCGCAGGUGCGCCACCAGAAGGCGCGGAAACGACCAUUGGAGAAGAGCCUGAGGGUCAACAUCUGGAUACGAACCUUGACAGCCCACCCGUAUCUGAGUCCCCUCAGCCCACGCCCGCCGGCGCGACGUCUCAAGGCCAGAAUGUGGUAGGGAAGAUCAAUAACCUUAUCACGACCGACGUGCAGAGGAUCGCCAAUGCUCGCAACAUCAUGAUCACCUGUCUCUUCACUCCGAUAUCAAUUGCCGUAUCCGUGUACUUCUUGUACACGCUACUCGGCUGGAGUACCUUCGUUGGCGUAACCUGCACCAUCGCAUGUCUGCCCAUCCCAGGCUUCCUCGCCAGUCGUAUGCAAGGGGUUUUCAAGGUCCUGGCAGAGAAAGCGGACGCGCGAGUGGAGACCGUCUCCGAAGCUCUGAACGUCAUCCGUAUGAUCAAGAUGUUUGGCUGGGAGCGCAGGAUAGCCGGACGUAUAGCCAGUAAGCGCGCUGAGGAGCUUCGCUGGCUACGGCAUAUCGAGCUCCUUCAGCUGCUCAAUAGUUGUGUCACGUAUGUCAUUCCGGUACUGCAGAUGGUGGCCACAAUCGCGACCUUCACUUUAAUCAUGAAGGAGGAGCUCACACCAUCCAUUGUCUUCCCCGCCAUGUCGGUAUUCAUGGGAUUGCGCGGACAGAUAUCUAUGCUAUUUGGUGCCUCCGGGACAAUACUACGAGCCAAGGUCUCCCUCGAUCGUAUCACGAGCUUCCUCCAAGACUCCGAAGUACUUGACCGGCAUACAGACGCGCAUCGGCCUCAGUAUCCAGACCAACCUGAGCCGUCGCCACACACAACUGUUAUCGGCAUGCACAACGCAUCCUUCGCUUGGGAUACGACGAGCCUCCCUAACGAGAAUAGUACGAUAGCACAACGCGCUUUCACUCUGCGCAUCCCCGGCGAACUUCUCUUCGAGCGUGGAAAGAUCAACCUGAUCGUCGGUCCCACUGGCUCAGGCAAGACCAGCCUGCUGAUGGCAUUGUUGGGCGAGAUGCAUUUCACGCCCUUGGCCGAGGACGCUUGGGUUAGUCUGCCGCGCGAAGACGGUGUCGCCUACGCCGCGCAAGACAGCUGGGUGCAGAACGAAACCAUCCGGGACAACAUACUCUUUGGCGCCCCCUACGACGAUGCAAGGUACAAGAAGGUCAUCUACCAGUGCGGCCUCGAACGAGAUCUGUCGUCGUUCAAAGCUGGAGACUGGACCGAAGUCGGCGAGAAGGGUCUAACACUUAGCGGCGGUCAGAAAGCUCGGGUCACGCUCGCGCGUGCCGUUUACUCGUCCGCCAAUAUCCUUCUACUCGACGACGUCUUCGCGGCGCUGGACGUUCACACGGCGAAGUGGAUUGUUGAGAAGUGCCUCAAAGGCGACCUCAUCCGAGGUCGAACCGUCAUCCUGGUCACACAUAACGUCGCACUUGCUGGGCCCAUUGCCGACUUCUUUGUCUCCGUCGGACGCGAUGGGUCUGUUACAACGAGACACUCCUAUGGCAACAUGCUGGAGACGGACAAGACGCUCGCCCGUGAGGCUGCCAUGGAAGAAGAACUUCUGACGAAGGCGGACGAAGAAGUGGACAGGGCGGAGGGUGACGAGGCGGUGAAGCAAGCAGAAGGGAAGUUGGUAGUAGAUGAAGAGAUUGCCGAAGGACGCGUCUCUCUGCACGCUUUGAGCCUUUUUUGGUCGGCUCUCGGAGGGAAGCAUCCGUUUCUGUUCUGGACGACGUUCCUCGGUAGCGUCACCGUCUACCAGCUCCUCGGAAGCCUACAGUCACUGUGGCUCGGCCGUUGGGCGGACGCGUACGCAAGACCAGGUCCCGUUGACAUCACAUACUAUAUGUCCGGCUUUCUCCUCUUGAUCCUCGGCGCACUGUGCGGGUAUGCACUGAGCUCUGGGACGUACCUCUUCGGCAUCAUCCGGGCCGCGCGCGCCGUCCAUGCCCGGCUUAUCGACACGAUUGUCGGCACUACCCUACACUGGCUCGAUGCUACCCCGAUGUCCAGGAUACUCACGCGCUGCACCAAAGACGUCGAUGCGGUCGACGGCUGGUUCGCCACGCUCUUCAUCUACCUUGUGCGUAUGGCUAUAGCCAUGCUUGUCGACAUCAUCGCGAUAGCCGUGGUCUCUCCCGUUGCCAUGCUCCCAGGCAUCGUAGUCUUCUUGGCGGGCGCAUGGUGCGGGAAUAUAUACAUGAAAGCACAGCUCCCUGUCAAAAGGGUGAUGUCGAACAAGAAGGCGCCCGUCCUUGGCCACUUCGGGGCUGCCAUCGCCGGCUUGACAUCUAUUCGUGCAUACGGAGCAGAAGAUGCGUUUCGAUACGAGUUAUACCGACGACUCGAAGAGUAUAUCCGCUGCAGCAGGAUGUACUACAACCUGAGCUGCUGGAUCGGCAUCCGCACCGAUGUGCUAGGCGGGUUCUUUUCUUCGUCUAUCGGGGCUUACUUCGUAUACGGGCCUGCGAGUGCGACUAUCGGAGCGUCGAAUGUCGGUUUUGCUCUUUCGAUGGCGAUCGGCUUUAGUGGUAUGAUCCUAUACUGCGUCCAGUUCUACAACGACUUCGAAGUCCAAGGCAACAGUCUCGAGCGCAUCCAAGCCUAUCUCGAGAUCGAACAAGAACCAAAGCCCGUCGCCUCAAAAGCCCCACCCGCAUCCUGGCCCACCAGUGGCUCCUUACGCGUCGAAGACCUCUCAGCGCGCUACGCCCCAGACGGACCCGUCGUUCUGCACGACCUCACGUUUAUCAUCAAGUCCGGCGAGCGCAUCGGCAUCGUCGGCCGGACCGGGAGCGGGAAGAGCACGCUCACGCUCUCCCUUCUGCGCUGCAUCUUCACAACGGGCAACGUAUACUACGACGGCGUCAAUACGGCCGAUAUAAACCUCCACGCGCUCCGCGCGAGCAUUACGAUUAUCCCUCAAGUGCCAGAGUUGUUGAGCGGAACGCUCCGUGAGAAUCUAGACCCGUUUGGGGAGCACGACGACGCGACGCUGAACUCGGCUCUGCGCUCCGCGGGGCUGUACUCGUUACAGGGCGAGGCGGGCGAAGGCCGCAUCACGCUCGAUACGCACGUCUCCAGCGGAGGAGGCAACCUCUCAGUCGGCCAACGCCAGAUUCUGGCCCUUGCACGGGCACUCGUGCGCGGGAGCAAGCUGCUCAUCCUGGACGAGGCGACGUCCUCGAUCGACCACGAGACGGACGAGAUCAUCCAGUCGUCGUUGCGCACUGAGCUCGGCGACGAUGUGACGCUGCUCAUCGUGGCUCAUCGGCUGCAGACUAUCAUGGAUGCCGAUAGGAUCAUGGUCUUGGACGCCGGGCGCAUUGUCGAGUUCGACAGCCCCACACGGCUUCUUGGGAUGGAAGGCGGCUUAUUCAAGUCGUUGGUGGACGAGAGCGUGGACAGAGAAGUGCCGGAGCUGUUGAGCGGAACGCUCCGUGAGAAUCUGGACCCGUUCGGCGAGCACGACGACGCGACGCUGAACUCGGCUCUGCGCUCUGCGGGACUGUACUCGUUACAGGGCGCCACAGGCGAAAGUCGCAUCACGUUCGACACGCACGUAUCUAACGGUGGAAGUAACUUGUCGGUCGGCAAGCGCCAGAUCUUGGCCCUCGCGCGCGCGCUCGUGCGCGAUAGCAAGCUGCUCGUUCUGGACGAGGCGACGUCCUCGAUCGACCAUGCGACGGAUGGAGUUAUGCAGGCGUCGUUGCGGGAAGGUGGGUUGUUCAGGUCGUUGGUGGAUGAGAGCGUUGACAAGGAUGUGUUAUAUAAUAUAUUGAGAGCUCGCGUUUGA